GAGGAAGGGUCUGCGCUGUGCUGGUAGAAUAUGUUAGCGGCGAAAUGGGCACAAGGAUGACCGGAACACAGCAGGACGGAUUGCGAUAUCGUCUUAAUCAGCAAGUGGCAGCUGCCUUUCACCGGGAGAAUAUAAGAAGAGGAUGUUAGAGAAGCUAUGUUAACAGAUUUAUUUAUAUUUAUUAAAACAUGAAGACUUCCACUCUUUCCUCUGGGCUCUUGCUGCAGCUUUAUUAAUGCAUUGCUUGGAAUUGUGGAUAAAAGAGAUUCAUCACCUUUCAACAGAGAAACUGUGUGCAAAAAACUCUAAACCAGUGUGAUGGUGCAAUGAAAUGAGGCUCCGAAAUGGAACUGUGGCAACCGCAUUAGUGUUCAUUACUACAUUUCUAAGCCUUUCCUGGUAUACUGCCUGGCAAAAUGGGAAAGAGAAGUUGAUGGCCUACCAACGAGAAUUUCAUGCACUAAAGGAGCGCUUACGUAUUGCUGAGCACAGAACCCUGCAGCGAUCGUCAGAGCUGCAUGCUAUUCUUGACCAUUUCCGGAGAAUGAUAAAAGAAGCGAACGGGAGCAGAGAUGCAUUAAAUCAUUUUUCAGAUGAAACUCAAAAGCUGAUAAAGGAUUUAACUAACAGAAAAGCUCUUCAAGUGCCAAAUAUAUAUUACCAUAUGCCUCAUUUGCUAAAUCAUGAUGGGAGCCUUCAACCUGCUGUGCAGGUUGGCCUUGGUAGAACUGGAGUUUCAGUUGUCAUGGGGAUUCCUACUGUAAAAAGGAGAGUGAAGUCUUACCUGAAAGAGACCUUGCAUUCCCUUAUUGAUAAGCUGUCUCCAGAAGAAAAACUAGACUGUGUUAUAAUAGUCUUCGUUGGAGAGACAGAUCUAGAAUAUGUUAACAGUGUUGUUGCCAGUUUGCAAAAAGAGUUCGCCACAGAGAUCAGCUCUGGUUUAGUAGAAGUAAUCUCUCCUCCUGCAACGUAUUAUCCUGACCUAAAUAAUUUAAAGGAGACUUUCGGAGACUCAAAGGAAAGAGUUAGGUGGCGAACUAAACAAAAUUUAGACUAUUGUUUUCUCAUGAUGUAUGCUCAGAGGAAGGGCAUUUACUACAUCCAGCUAGAAGAUGAUAUUGUUGCCAAGCAGAAUUAUUUCAGUACAAUAAAGAAUUUUGCACUUCAGCUUUCUUCUGAAGACUGGAUGAUUCUAGAAUUUUCCCAGUUAGGAUUUAUUGGUAAAAUGUUUCAGGCCCCGGAUAUUACACUCAUUGUUGAGUUUAUAUUGAUGUUUUACAAGGAAAAACCUAUUGAUUGGCUUCUGGACCAUAUAUUAUGGGUGAAAGUUUGUAAUCCUGAAAAAGAUGCAAAACAUUGUGACAGGCAAAAGUCCAAUCUGCGAAUCCGUUUCCGUCCUUCCCUUUUCCAGCAUGUUGGACUCCAUUCGUCAUUGGCAGGGAAAAUACAAAAACUUACAGAUAAAGAUUUCCUGAAACCAUUGUUGCAUAAAAUUCAUGUGAACCCACCUGCUGAAGUCUCCACUUCCUUAAAAGUCUAUCAAGGCCACACGCUGGAAAAGACUUACUUGGGCGAGGAUUUCUUCUGGGCCAUUACACCCGUUGCAGGAGACUACAUUCUCUUUAAGUUUGACAAGCCAGUGAAUGUAGAAAGAUAUCUUUUUCGCAGUGGAAACCCUGAACAUCCAGGAGAUCAGUUAUGGAACACAACAGUGGAGGUCCUUCCUUACCGGAAAGACAUAGUGGAGCUGAGGAGUGACACCAAAGAUAAACGCUUGUCGGAUGGCUUUUUUAGAAUAGGUAAAUUUGAAGACGGCUUAGCAGAAGGGCCAGUGAACUCCUAUUUAAACCCUAUUUCUGCACUUCGGCUUUCGGUUUUACAGAACUCUGCUGUCUGGGUCAUUCUAAAUGAGAUCCAUAUUAAAAGAAAUCCUGCAGACUGACACCCAAAAAAGAAGAUAAUUCCAGAAGUGGCACAAAGCCUGUCAUUGUCACUGCCUAUUAGGGACUUCUGCAUGCACCUUGAUAUCAUCCUGUUGUCAAUUUCCUUGGACUCUACCUCUGUGAGAUCUACUGUAGCUAGGAUUACAUGCGCUCUUGUGAAAACCCUAUGGAAACAAUGUGAUUUUAACUGAGAAACAACCUGUAUCCUAGGUGCACACCAUUUUGUAGCCAACAUAUGGAUUUUUUUAAAAGAAUAUCAUGAAAUAUGUACAUAUACAUUCCAUGAGAACCGAAAACCCCCCAAAUGCUUUUUGUGCAGGAACCAAUAUUCCAGUUCUAUUUUGCUUUUAGUAUGAUACAGAUUUUGUAGAUGAUCAGGGAAAUAUAAAGUAUAUUAAUAUAGAUAUAUGGAUACAACCAUCUUAUACAGAUUAUUUAUUAUGGCUUAGAAAAUUGAUAUGUGCAGUAAUAUAUUUGAUUGAUAUAUGUUUCUUUUAUUAUAUUUGACAUGUUAUUUGAUUACUGAGGGUUGCCUGUUUUACUUGGUAUGGGAGUACAGGCACUGGCACUACAACCAUUAUAUGCUCACUAAAACAUAGGCAGGCAUAUUGUUUUUGUGCUGGCACAUUCCCAGUUUCUGUAGAUAACAAUUUCUACAAUAAUUCCACAAAGGAAUCUUAUUCCUUAAGGUAAUUAAAAAAAAAAAAAAAA